AUGAGCCUGAGCAGCCACGGCACAGCCCAUGGUCCUCAUGGGCGGUUCUUCAGUCUUCGAAGGGCCAACUACAAGUCUGCCAACACGCAAUUGGCCCGGGAACUCAAGAAUCGUCAUCUGCAGAUGAUUGCCUUUGGUGGUUCAAUUGGAACUGGUCUAUUCGUUGCGUCGGGAGUAGCCCUCUAUCGUGGUGGUCCAGCCUCUCUCUUGCUUGCCUUUGUCAUCAUGGGCGUCAUGCAGUUCUUCACGAUGCAGGCUCUGGGUGAGCUUUCCGUGGCCUUUCCGGUUGGCGGAUCCUUCGCCAAUUACUCGACUCGUUUCUUGGAUCCAUCUUGGGGUUUUGCGAUGGGGUGGAACUAUACCCUUCAGUACCUCAUCGUGUUACCGCUUGAAAUCAUUGCGGGUGCCUUCACUACUAUGUACUGGAAUCCGGAGCCCAGCAAGUCGAUAUUUGUUGCCAUGUUCCUCGUCUGCAUCGCUGGCAUCAAUCUGCUUGGUGUGCGAGGAUAUGGCGAGGCAGAAUUCAUCUUUUCCACGGUAAAGGUGAUAGCCAUUCUAGGAUUUAUCCUUCUCGGUAUCAUCAUCAACGUCAUGGGUCAUCCAGACAGCGGCUACAUCGGGUUCCAAUACUGGUCAAACCCUGGAGCUUUCCACCAUGGCUUCAAAGGCUUCGCCAGCGUUCUGGUCACGGCAACCUUUUCCUUUGCUGGCACGGAAAUGGUUGGACUCGCCGCAGCCGAAACAGCAAACCCCCGAAAAUCAUUGCCGGCAGCCGUCAAGCAAGUGUUUUGGCGAAUCAGCAUCUUCUACAUCACCUCGAUCCUACUUAUCGGCUUGUUGGUGCCGUAUAACCAACCCCGGCUACUGGGGGCCAAGUUUGGCUCCGACGCCGUGGCUAGUCCUUUUGUCAUUGCUAUCGAGAGCGGUGGUCAGACGGUGCUUCCGAGUGUUAUGAACGGCGUCAUUCUUGUAGCUCUCAUCAGCGUUGGCAAUACCGCUGUGUAUGCCUCGUCCCGCACCCUGACUGCAUUGGCAGAGCAGUCUUUGGCACCGAAGAUCUUCACCUACAUCGAUCGUCGUGGCCGCCCGCUGGCUGCCAUCAUCUUUGCUUGUGUCGUUGGCCUGCUUGCAUUUCUCGCCGAUACCGACAUCCAUACCGAAAUCUUCAACUGGCUUCUUGCCAUCAGUGGGCUCAGCACCCUCUUCACCUGGGCUAGCAUCUGCCUCUGCCACAUCCGCUUCCGGAAAGCUUGGGAACUAUCUGGAUAUAACCUCUCGCAGUUGGCAUUCCGCUCUCAAGUCGGCGUAUGGGGAUCUUGGGUCGCGCUUGCGUCCUAUGGAAUGGUGCUGGUUUUGCAAUUCUGGGUUGCGGCAUCCCCGAUUCCGCUUGAAGAUGGAGAACCCUCCACGCAAGAGAGGGUUAAGACUUUUUUCAUGCAAGUCCUUACGGUACCCAUAAUCUUUGCCUUUUACCUAGGUCACAAGCUUUGGUGUCGUACAAAGCUUGUGCGUGAUAAGGACAUGGAUGUUGAUACGGGUCGGAGAUAUCUACAGACUUGGAAUGAAGACGAGGCGGAGGCAAGAAAAGGCUGGCCCCUCUGGAAACGACUGUAUAAUACCAUGUGUUAG